GUCGCUCGGUCACACUCGGUCUCAAACUUGUGACAAACGCUCCUCACCUGCUCCUGGAGGAUCCGACCGGCCGCUGCUGCUUCUCCUGCCCGUGCGGUGUGCACUCACCAUGGGGAACUGUCUCACCGUGGGGCCGAACGAGGCUCUGGUUGUCUCCGGUGCUUGUUGUGGCUCUGAUGAUAAAACCUACGUCAUAGGCGGCUGGUCCUGGGCCUGGUGGCUCAUCUCACACACUCAGAGAAUAACCCUGGAGAUCAUGACCCUGCAGCCGCGAUGUGAGGAUGUGGAGACGGCAGAGGGCGUCGCCAUCACUGUCACCGGUGUGGCUCAGGUGAAGGUCAUGACGGAGCACGACUUGCUGGCUGUCGCUUGUGAGCAGUUUCUGGGUAAAUCAGUGAUGGAAAUUAAAGCUGUGGUUCUUCAGACUCUGGAGGGACAUCUCCGCUCCAUCCUCGGCACCUUGACUGUCGAGCAGAUCUAUCAGGACCGGGACCAGUUUGCUAAACUGGUGAGGGAGGUGGCAGCUCCUGACGUGGGCAGGAUGGGCAUAGAGAUCCUCAGCUUUACCAUUAAGGACGUGUUUGAUAAACUGGAUUAUCUGAGCUCCCUUGGAAAGACCCAGACUGCAGCUGUCCAGAAGGAUGCAGACAUCGGCGUGGCUGAGGCAGAGAGGGAUGCUGGGAUACGGGAAGCCGAAUGUAGGAAGGAGAUGAUGCAAGUCAAAUUCCUGGCCGACACCAAGAUGGCCGACUCCAAACGAGAACUGGACCUGCAGAAAGCUUCAUUCAGCCAGGAGGUCAACACCAAGAAAGCAGAGGCCGAGCUGGCAUACGAGCUGCAGGCCGCCAAGGAGCAGCAGAAGAUCCGCCUGGAGGAGAUUGAGAUCCAAGUUGUGCAUAGGAAGAAGCAGAUCACCAUCGAAGAGAAGGAGAUUGAUCGAAAAGACAAGGAACUCAUCGCCACUGUCAAGAGGCCUGCUGAGGCCGAGGCCUACAAGAUCCAGCAGCUGGCUGAGGGACACAAGAUGGCCAAGGUGCUGAUAGCUCAGGCUAAGGCGGAGGAGAUCAGGAAGAUCGGUGAGGCGGAGGCUUCCUCGAUCGAGGCAAUCGGCACAGCCGAGGCCGAGAGGAUGAGACUGAAGGCCGAGGCCUACAAGCAGUACGGAGACGCAGCUAAGACUGCGCUGGUCCUCGAGGCGCUGCCUAAGAUUGCGUCCAAGGUGGCGGCUCCUUUGGCCAAGACCAAUGAGAUCGUCAUCCUGAGCGGGGAGGGCAGCCGUGUGACGGGCGAGAUGAACCGCCUGUUGGCUGAACUUCCUGUGUCUGUCAACGCUCUCACUGGAGUGGAUUUGACAAAGAUUCCGCUGCUGCAGAAGAUGAUGAGCACUCCACCUUGAAGGCCGAGGCCACAUGACUCCAGUCUCUGUUGCACUCUCAUAGACUGCCUUUAACACUUGAAAGAUUUUGUUGUUUUAUACGAAUAUACUGUAUGAAAGGUGACUUUUGGAAACCUCUGGUGCCUUACUUUAUACAGGACCAGAACAUUCUGCAUGCACUGCUGCUCAUUCAAAGAAUUUUUAUUUAAUUUUAACAUGGGAAUAUUUUGUGUUCUUUUUUUGCGCAUUUUUCUUUGAUUUUGUAUUAUUUUUUAUCUUUGGGCUUGACCGUGGACCACCAGCUGACCCAGGUUGCACGUAUAUGAUGUGACCUGACAGCUGAUGUUAACACAGGUUCCAUUUCUUGGACAACAAGACCUCUGUUGUCACUUUUUACCCUCCGUACCUUGCAGGCCGUUGUGUUGAUUUAUAUACCUCUGUCUUUAUUGUUGGACACAUCUGCAUUCCUGAAACAAUCUGAAUUUUCCCCUGUUGAUUGUAGAACUUUGUUUGUGUUGAAGGUCAAAUGUUAUUCAGGUUGUGUUAUGUCUCAGUGAUUGAUUUAAAAAAAUGUGACAAAGGUGCUCACAAUUGAAAAUGAGCUCCUUUCAUUGUGCAGAUCUUACUGUAGUUCUCUCUCUCUGCAGAGUCUCCGCAAACAACCGACGUCAGACAAGUGGAAUUUUAUUUAUAUGCUGUCAGAAAAACAGGUAUCAUAUUCUGAUCUUGUGCUGAAUUGGUUGUCAUUGUGGUCCUUUAUUGUUUAGUGCAGGCUUUGAUGUAAAAUGGUUGUAAUUCUGGUUUUGAUUGAAAAAACUUUGGUUGUUGUUUUGAUAAAAAAGCGAGAGAAUAGAAACGACUGCAGACGUGUUAAAAAUGUUUUAUUGUGGUAAAAAGCUGAAUGUGAAUAGAAUCUGAAAAUGGAAGUCUACACAAAAAGGCCAAAUAGAAUAGACUGUCCGUUUUUCUUGUUCCACUAAAUGAAGGAUGUGGGAAAUACAUAUUUUAUCUGACGUUGAUGUUUAAUUUAACACUAAAAUAUGUGUAAAUGCUAAGCCAUGUUCCAGUUUGACGUCUAACACAAACACACUUUUUGUGUUUAUAUAGUUGUGUACAUGUGUGCAGCAGUACACAUGAUGUAACUUAUUAUUUGUUGUCAAACACAUGGUCAUCUCCACUGAGCCUGAACGCUCCCGACACUGACACAUAGUUUAAAACUCAUAUUUCAAGGAGAGGAAGCAACAGGUUUGUUGUAGUUUUAUUUAUGAGCAAACUGCCACAGAGUUAACACAGGACUGUUAUUACGCUGCUGAUCGUUUUUUUAUCGCUCAACCUCAGUUGAUGUUCAUCACUCAUUGCUGAUUUAGUGACUUGACAUUUACUCUGACCACAUUGCUUUGUCUUGGAACUUGUUCAGUUUAUAAACUUGACUGUUUUUGUAAAAUGAUUUGUGUUCUAUUUCUAAUGUUAUUUACAACAUGUACACUGUGUCUGAAAUAGCCAUGAGUUCCUGUAUGCUCUUGAUGCAUGUCAUCUGUCUGUACUCAGAAUAAUUAGUUCACUGUUAAAUUUCAUUCUAAUAAAUCAGAAUUCCAUCUUA